CGCGCAGCUACGCGCAUGAGCGCAGCAAGCCACCCGCGGACCGUCAGUCUGCAUCUUCGUCGAGCUACUCUGAUGAAACCCCGGUCACCUUCGGAGCAGCAUCACGGGAAAAGACCCCGUCUCCCUCCCGCGGCGGCCUCUACUUCGCCGCAAGACGGAAUGGAGGAUAACACGCCGUCGAAUCCGCGGGAACUAACCCAAAACCCCCUCAAGAAGAUCUGGAUGCCGUGCAAAAAUGGCCUUCCCGAAAGGCACAUUUCUCAAAGAAAGGUAUGUAUGACCAACUGCCCUACCCUGAUAGUGACGGUGGGCCUUCCUGCCAGGGGGAAGACUUACAUCUCCAAGAAGUUGACCCGCUAUCUCAACUGGAUUGGCGUUCCCACCAGAGAGUUCAAUGUAGGACAAUACAGGAGAGAGUGUGUGAAGAUCUACAAGUCCUUUGAGUUCUUCCGUCCAGACAAUGAAGAGGGCUUAAAGAUCAGAAGGCAAUGUGCUUCGGCAGCUUUGAACGACGUGCGACAGUACCUAACAGAAGAAGGAGGCCAAGUUGCGGUUUUUGAUGCAACAAACACAACAAGGGAAAGGAGGGAAACCAUCAUCCAGUUUGCAGAGCAGAACGGCUUCAAGGUGUUCUUUGUGGAAUCUGUGUGUGAAGACCCAGAUGUCAUCCAGGAGAACAUUGUGCAAGUGAAGCUGGGCAGCCCCGACUACACCAACUGCAACACCGAGGAGGCGGUGGAAGAUUUUAUGAAGAGGAUCAAGUGUUACGAAAACUCCUAUGAGACCCUGGAUGAGGUUUUGGACAGGGAUCUCUCCUACAUCAAGAUAAUGGAUGUGGGUCAGCGUUACAUGGUCAACAGGGUGUUGGACCACAUCCAGAGUCGGAUCGUCUACUAUCUCAUGAACAUCCACAUCACACCUCGCUCCAUCUACCUGUGCCGCCAUGGUGAGAGUGAGCUCAAUGUUAAAGGUCGGAUUGGAGGAGACUCUGGUCUUACACCAAGAGGUAAAGAGUUUGCCAAGAAGCUGAGCCAAUUCAUCCAAGCCCAAGGCAUCAGUGACCUGAAAGUGUGGACCAGCCAGAUGAAGAGAACCAUCCAGACAGCCGAGGGUCUCAGUGUGCCCUAUGAACAGUGGAAGGUCCUGAACGAGAUUGAUGCUGGCGUAUGUGAGGAGAUGAUGUAUGAGGAGAUCCAGGAUCACUACCCUCUGGAGUUUGCGCUGAGGGACCAGGACAAGUACCGCUACCGCUACCCUAAAGGAGAGUCCUAUGAGGACCUGGUGCAGCGCUUGGAGCCGGUCAUCAUGGAGCUGGAGCGGCAGGAGAAUGUUCUGGUCAUCUGUCACCAGGCGGUCAUGCGCUGCCUGCUUGCCUACUUCCUGGACAAAACAGCAGAGGAGCUGCCGUACCUGAAGUGCCCUCUGCACACAGUUCUGAAGCUAACUCCAGUGGCCUACGGCUGUAAGGUGGAGUCCAUCAGCCUUAAUGUGGACGCUGUAAACACGCACCGAGAGAAACCAGAGAACGUCAACAUCCAUCGAACAACGGAAGAUGCCCUGCAGACCGUCCCUGCGCACCUCUGACACCCUGCCGUGACUCAGUGAGACUCCCAAUGUUUCCGCCUAGCGUGCACGUUGUGUUCACACAAGUGGCUGUCAGGGUGAAGUGCCUGCUGUGAUACGUACCAACACACCUUUACCAGUCUUAGGCUCCAUUUGAAGGAUCUCCGCUAGGAUACCACAGACUACAUUUGAGCAACUACUGGGAUAAUCAAUGAGUAUUUAAUAGCUGUUUUUGGAGGGGUGCAUCUCUGGAUGGUCAGAUUGAGGCGGAUAAUGCGUCUCGCAGGAGUCGUGAGCUAGUGGAAGUCCGGUAGAUGUCGCGGUGUACCACAGGUGGUCCUCAAAUUAUGAGCAACUUCCGUCUGUUUCUACAAGUCAGAACUUCUAAAUCGAGUCACACAAACUGUACACAGAACACAUGGAGGACAUCUAAGUACAGUAAUAAAAAGAUUAAAUACGAGAAUUAAACAAAACGGUAAAAAAAAGCAAAAACACAGAACGAUGGUUGUCUUGCACACUGGAGGGAGAGACGGGCUUAUUGGGAGCAGGAAGUCUCAGUAAUGAGACCACUACACUGCACAGUUAUCACUGUUCAUUUCAUAGUAAAAGAUCCCUUCACAUGCUCAAGGAUACCAUUGUUAUCCUUGAUGAUGGUCACAGUGUUUGAGCAGCUUGGACCAGGAAUGCACCCAAUGAUGAUUUCUCCGCUUCUCCACCGAGCAUUUUACGAUGUCUGAUUUCACUUCACUUUUCACUUUCCUUUUCUUUGGUGCGCUGCCACCAGAAGUCUGCCUCACACGUGGGAGUCAUAACGUCGGCUGAUGGAAUUUGUCUUUUCUAUGUUUUACUCCGCCCACCUAAGUACUGGAGUUCUUUUUCUUUUUGUACCUUGUUCAAUAACUUAGAGGCGUGCGUUCAUCACCACGAAACUUCAUAACUUCGUAACACGAGGACCACCUGUAGUUGAGACUGCAGCAAUAGCACCUCUGCUGCUACUGUAGUAAGUACUCCUCUCCAUUUUUUCCCCCUCAUUGCACUCAAGAAAGGAUUGAUCAUCAAUAAAUUCCAUACAGAGUUCUCAAUGACCAGUUAAUCCAGAGAUGGGCAACCUGCGGCCCCGCGGGCCACCAAGUGUCGUAAUCCGGCCCGCUGGGCAUUUUCAAAUUCCUUUUUUAAAUGGAAACUGUAGCCGGCAACAUGUCUUGCAGUGCUACUCCGGCACGCUUGAGUCGCCAAAAUAGUCGGAUGCAAGCCGUAGCUUGUCCAAAAAUCCAUCCAAACAACACGACACGUCAACACACACGACGCACAAAGCAACCCACCUAGUGCACCAUGUGGGCACACAAACAAAUGUCUGCGAGCAAUACCCAUGCAAAAAAACCCCCACUAAGGAAGUGUAUAUCACACUUCUCUCUGGCAGAGUAAAUCUGUUGAGCACUUGACGGCAUUUAGGUAUACAAUUCUAUCUUCUUUAAAGGCUGGACAGGACAGGGGGAAAAGAAAAAAAAAAAAAAAAAAAAAAAAAAAAAACACUAAUAUAUUCCCGCCGCAAGGCAUGCUGGGUAGCUUGUGGUACCCUUUCUCCCAACAACAAAGAAUUAAACAAGGAGGAGUUAACAUACUCUUGAUAUCCAAUGUUUUCUUGUUCAUAGUUCAUGUUGUUGUUGCAGAUGGACUACCCAGCAUGCCUUGCGGGCAUUUGGCUAUAUCACAUUUUUAAGUUACGUGUCGUGUUUAGCGCUCAGUUGUUGAUAUAUGUGAUGCGUUAACUUGCUGCGGAUGUGUCGUGUUUUUGUUUGGUCGGUACGUCGUUGAGUUUGAUGCCACCCAUAAAAAGACAGCCCCUCCGCCACAUUUUUUUUAACCCAACGUGGCCCGCAAGUCAGAAAGUCUGCCCACCCCUGAGUCAGUCUAUAGUCGGGUUUUAACACCCAUCCCUAAUCUCAGUUUGUUGUAUUUUGAAAUAUUUCUGGCUCCACAUGUUGCCACUCCGCACAUCACCUUUGACCCAGUGUUGUAUUGUACCCUGUAGAAUCGAUUCGGGGUGUUUUCAAUCAUCAUGUGGCGUCCAUGACAUGUUUAUCUGCUUCAUAUUUGAUGAACAGCUUUAAUGUGCAAUCAUCGUUGAUGUGAAAGAGUCCUUGGUGUGUAACGUGCAGUUUGAAGUUUCCCAACCUUCUGGACCUGGAAGUCAAACACGAUGAAACGUUGAACCUUGAAGUGCUCAUUCGCUUAUGAAUGACCUGAGUGGAUUCAAAUUUGAUGGUGAAAACUACCAUUCACACGCAUUUUCUACUGACCUCGCCUGAAGCAGAUGUACCGCCGUGCAAUGACCUCAUUGUGGUUCUCCGUUAUGAAGAAAACAUCUGUGUCCACUUGCCGUUAAAUAUGAAGGAAAAAUACGCUUUCAAGCUUCACUGUUGCUGUGACACUGUAACAGGAAUACAAUAAAGAUGUGUUAUUUAUA